GAGACCAGAGAAGGUCCAUCCGUCUGACUGUACUCCCCUUUGGAGAGUUUUCCCUCUCACUUCUCCGUUCACUGCUUCAGUCUCUCUCUCUGUGACCAUGUCUGUCAGAGCUGUGAAAACAACUACCUACUCCACUAAGUCGUCCUCCAGGGGCCCAACUCAGGGCUUCAGCAGCCGCUCCUUCUCUGGGUAUGGAGGUGGCAGGCAGAACUACGCCGUGCGCAGCUCCUACGGGGGAGUGGGCAGCAGCGGUGCGGCCAUGGGAGUCGGUGGGUACAAGGUCGGCGGGGGCUUUGUAGCUGGUGGUGCUGUACAGAGAGGAGGUGGUGUGGAGUUUGGUUAUGUAGGCUUUGGCGGAGGUAUGGGUGGAUGCAUGGUGAAUGAAACGGUGGCCCCCAUCACAGCUGUGACUGUCAACAAGAGCCUGCUGGCACCCCUGAAUCUGGAGAUUGACCCCACCAUCCAGAGCAUCCGCACCGAGGAGAAGGAGCAGAUCAAGACUCUGAACAACCGCUUCGCUUCUUUCAUUGAUAAGGUACGCUUCCUAGAGCAGCAGAACAAAAUGUUGGAGACUAAGUGGAAGCUCCUGCAGGAACAGACCACGUCUCGCUCCAACGUUGAUGCCAUGUUUGAAGCCUACAUUAACAACCUGCGCAGGCAGCUCGACAACCUGGGUCACGAAAAGGUCAAACUGGAGUCUGAGCUGCUCCACACGACGGGUCAGGUUGAAGACUUCAAAAACAGGUAUGAAGAGGAGAUCCACAGGCGCAAUGAGUGUGAGAACAACUUUGUUCUCUUAAAGAAGGACACAGAUGCAGCCUAUCUGAUCAAAGUGGAGCUGGAAGCCAAACUGGAUGGACUCUCUGAUGAGAUCGACUUCUUGAGGCAAAUCUUUGAAGCUGAAAUCUGUGAGCUCCAGGCCCAAAUCAAGGACACAUCUGUGGUGGUGGAGAUGGACAACAGUCGAAAUCUCGACAUGGACGCUAUUGUCGCUGAAGUGCGUGCCCAGUAUGAAGACAUUGCCAACAAGAGCAGAGCAGAGGCUGAGUCAUGGUACCAGAAUAAGUACAUAGAGAUGCAACAGUCAGCUGGCAGAUAUGGGGAUGACCUGAAAUCAACAAAGGCUGAGAUUUCUGAAAUGAACCGCAUGAUCCUGAGGCUUCAAUCUGAAAUUGAUCACAUCAAAGCACAGAGAAGUAAUCUAGAAAACCAGAUUGCCGAGGCUGAGGAGCGUGGGGAGCUGGCGGUGAAAGAUGCCAAAAUGCGUGUGAGGGACCUGGAGGAAGCUCUUCAGAGGGCCAAGCAGGACAUGGCCCUGCAAGUACGUCAGUACCAGGAACUGAUGAAUGUGAAACUGGCCCUGGACAUUGAGAUCGCCACCUACAGGAAGCUGCUGGAGGGAGAAGAAGACUGGUUAGCAACUGGAAUCAAGACCAAUGUGACCAAGCAGACUUCUGUGAACUACAGUGCCUUUGCCCUGGAAAGCUCCCGCACCCCAUCCUAUGUCACCGGCUGCUUCGGUGGAGUCAAAGUGGGCGGAGGUUCUUUCGCUAUUGGUGACGUUGGCGUUUCUGUUGAGGCACCGUCAGUAAAGAGCUCCACAGUCACCAAGACAGAAACUGUGGUCAUCAAGACAGAAGAGAAAAAGACAGAGGAACAGGAAGAAAUGAAGGAGGGUGAAGUAGAGAAAGAACAGCAGGCAGUGGUUGAGGAGGUAGCUGUCGAAGAGAAGCAGGAGAAGGAGCAGGAGCAGGAACAGGUGAAGGCGGAGGCGGAGGUGGAACCCGCAGCCAAGGAGUGAUGCUAUAAGCGUCAUGAUAUGUCAUCUUAAAUGUUAAAACAACUCACACAGUUACACCAUUAGGUGUAAGUGUUUCAUUUAAUAAUAAUGAAUCUCUUUAUUAGGAGUGAUUUACACACCUUUCUCCCAGAUGUCAUCACUGACUAAGUGCUAAUAGUCUUUCUAAAAAAUGGCUUUUUUACGCCACCUCCCAUAGUUAACCAGCAGGUGGCAGUAUUGUAUAUCUUUCCCUCUCUGGUCCGACUUCCCGAUUGUUCUCUUCGCAACAGAAAGCACUGUGAAAUAUCUAAACGGUCCUCAACACAACAGAGUAAAUGUCUCACAUUAUACUGAUGUUGGAGCACUGUUUACUGAACAAAUAAAUGAAACCUUACUUUA